AUGGUUCGGCUCAACCGGAGUGAUACCACGGCGUCACAGAAAACCGACGAGAAACAAUCACAGCGUUGUGUUUCGCCGUCCAUCCAAACGGUAACACUCUCUACGGACAGGGCUCUCAUCGUGACCUUCGGAAAUGGAAAGUCAAUCAGAUACGAGGACUGUUGGCUUAGAGACCACUGCAGGUGUUCGUCUUGCUACCACGCCAGCACCUUUCAGAGAGCACAUCAUAUUUUAGUUAUUCCUGAUGUUACUAUAAGUAGUUAUGAAUUUGACAGCUCGCAAAUUUAUGUAACAUGGAGUGACGACCACAAAUCAACAUACACAGCUGAUUUUUUAAUACAAUUCGAUUAUAAGACGUGGAAGGAAAGUCGAAAAUUAAAACCUAUUUUAUGGAAAGGUGCAAGUGUAGAAAAUAAAGUCACCAAAAUAAACGUGGACGAUUUUUUGACGACCACAGAUGGCGCUAAGCGCGUAUUCCAGUCACUACUUGAUUACGGCGUCGCUUUAAUAACAGGGGUGGGUGUUUCUACUGAAGCUACUGAAGAGGUCUGCAAGGCUUUGGGUGGUGUUCAACAUACAAUAUUUGGAGGAAUGUGGGAGUUCACCACGAGGGCAGACCAUGCGGACACUGCCUACACCAAUUUGCCUUUAGCUGUCCAUAAUGAUAAUACAUACUUCACUGAAGCAGCUGGAUUACAAAUCCUGCAUUGUUUGCAACAUACUCAGGGUACAGGCGGAGAAACUUUACUGGUUGAUGGCUUCUUUGGUGCGGAAGAAUUGAAGAGAGAUCAUCCAGAAGAUUUUGAAUUUCUGACAAAAUUUAAUUUGGAGGCAGAGUAUAUAGAAGAAGGACAUCAUCACACGUAUGCAGCGCCUGUUAUCAAGUUGGAUAGUGAGACGCAAGAACCAGUACAAAUAAGGUUCAAUGUUUACGAUCGAGCUGCAAUGGCUUUCAAGAACAGCGAAGAGUGCCGGUCAUACUAUCGAUCGUUGAGAAAUCUAGCAAAAUACUAUGAAGACAAGGACAACCAAUGGCAGUUCAAACUAAAGCCGGGUGAGAGCAGAUUCUAA